GGAGCGGGGACGGCGCUGCCCGGAGCUGCCCCGAGCCCGGAGCCCGGAGCCCGGCGUACCCCGAGCCCGGCGCUGCCCGGAGCCCGGCGUGCCCAGGCAGCGGGAGCCGGGGGCGGCACAGAGGCCCAGGGCAGCGGGGCGGCCCUUGUGCUCCCGCGGGGUCCCUGGGUGUCCCCCGGCGCUGGGGAGUCCCGGGCCGGGGGCUCUGUGGGAACUCGCCGGAGCUGCUCUGCCUGAGCCUCCCGGUGGUGGCCGCCCUCGAAGCCCCUCAUGUGUUUCUGCCUCUGCGCUCCGGGAGAGUCGGCACUCGGCAGGUGCCGCUCCUUGAUUUGAAGUCUGUCAUCUGCCAGUAGAUGGGUCACUUCUGUACCGAACUCGCUUGUUUGAUUCACGGCUGUGCUUCGCCUGUCUGAUCUCUCUACAAAACCGUGUGACCCUUGCAGCUCCUCACUGCACAAGAGCUUUCAUCUCUGAAGAGGGAGACCUCCUUGUGAAAAGUACUUCUUCUGCAUUCAGUAAAACUUGGGUGCUUCGUUUAAUUCUUUCCACGAGUUAAAAAGACAGCAUAUCUGCACAUGUACUGGGACCUUAUCACUUACCAGAAACAGAAGCAAUCCUAAAGAUUUCAUAAUGUAGAUAAUGACAAAGGAAGCAAUGUUCUAAGAAUGUCAUCAGGCAUCCAAAUAAAAACAAAGUCUUCAGCCCAGAAAAGCAAGACAUGUUCUCCAGAAUCACAACCAAAGCCUAGUGCAAAGCUGAAUCCUAAAACUAUUGAUCCAGUAUGUUUUCAUGCUUAUUCUCAACCAUCAUCUGCAUUUGCUGCUACAUAUGCUAGAGGUGGUAUUCCCUGCAGGUUAGUGCAUGGAUCAGUAAAGCACAAACUGCAGUGGGAAUGCCCUCCUGAAACUGUUCCCUUUGAUCCUCUUCUUUUAACAUUGGCAGAGGGACUAAGAGAGACAAAACAUCCCUAUACUUUUGUUUCCAAGGAGGGUUUUAAACAAUUACUUCUGGUUGAAGGUGCUGCUGAAAAAGUUAUUCCUUUGCUGCCUCGUCUAGUUCCAGUCUUAAAGGCUGCAUUGGCGCAUGCAGAUGAUGAAGUAUUUGGAAGGGGAUUGGAUGCUUUAGUGCAAUUGAGUGCUGUUGUUGGCCCAUCUCUUAAUGAUCACCUUAAGCUUCUACUCACAAAUCUUUUAAAGAGAUUAAUGGACAAGAAAUAUAGAGAGGAAGUUACUGUUGCUUUACAAAAGUUGGAGCAUUGUGGUGGAAAGGCAACUGUGGCGAUCAUCAAAUCUAAAAUUCCAACCUAUUGUUCUAUCUACUCUUGAACAAGGAAAUUGUAGUGAUUUAUACUGUAAGGUGAAGUUUGGAAAGAAACUGUCUCUAAAUAUCACUGACACUUAUUUGGGGUAUUAUAUAUUUGCUUAAAAUAAUAAUUAUUCCUCAGUAUAAUGGAGAGCAGGAGUCUUACCAGUUUGUGAAUAUAUAAUUAUGGAAGACUUUUCUUUGUACAUUUGUAUAUGCGUUUGGCUUACAAUGACACUGAUUAAUGUGCUGUUAUUUCAAGAG